UUUUUUGCAGCAAAACUUCCCCAAUUCUUCCACUUUGUAGGGCACGGUACAGUACAGUACAGUUUCCGACGUUUUCUAGUGGAGGGAAUUUCUUUCUACUUCAAUCAAGAAAACCCCUCCGUUUACUGCUUGCUCGCCCAUUGUCUUCUUUUGCAGUCAUGGCGAAGAAAAGCAAAUUACUCGCAGCGCUUGAUGCGUACAAAGGUCGAGACUACGAGGCCGAGAAGAGAGCGGCCAAGAUCAAAGCGGCCGAGAAGCGGAAACGACAAAAGGCCGAAAAGGAAAAGUUAGAAAAGGGAGAGGAUGCAACUGAUGAAAACGAUGAAAAGAAAAACACAACUUCUGCUGGUGCAGACCAACAGCCCCAGAGUGAGGGGGGAGAGGGAGACGAAUUCGAGAGUUUCUCCGGAGGCAGUGACUCUGAAGACGAGGACGACGAGAAGGACAAUAAAGAUGGCAUAAUUCCACAACCAGCUCAACCCGCAGACGCAUCUGCCUCUGAAGCCGAGAACGAGUCGGACGUUCCGCUGUCGGAUCUCGAAGACGAAGACCUGGAAGACACGAUCCCACAUCAAAGACUAACCAUCAAUAACGGUCCUGCGCUGGUGGCCUCGCGCAAUCGGGUCGCCGUGGUCAAGUCGUCCAAGACACCCUUCCAUUACCACAACUCGUUGGUCGUCUCGACGCUCCCGCCGGCCGAGGAGGCCAUUCCAGAUCCCAAUGACGAUCUGACAAGGGAGCUCGAGUUCUACCGCAUCGCGCGUGAAGGCGCCGUCGCCGGAAGGGCGCUGUUGAAGAAGGAAGGUGUCCCCUUCUCCCGGCCCAAUGAUUACUUUGCCGAAAUGGUCAAGAGUGAUGAACACAUGGGCAAGGUCAAGAAGAAGAUGUAUGACGAUGCUGCUGCCAAAAAGGCCGCCGAGGAGGCCAGGAAGUUGAGAGAUGCAAAGAAGUUCGGCAAGCAAGUCCAGGUCGCCAAGGAGCAGGAGAGGGCAAAGGAGAAGCGGAAUACCUUGGACAAGAUCAAGGAGUUGAAGAGAAAACGCAAGGGCCAAGAUACGGGCAAAGUGACCGAAGAUGACAAUGACCUUUUCCAGAGCAUCGACGUCGAGAAUGGACCGGCCAAAGACAGAGCCGGGCGGGAACGUGGCCCGGGGCCGAAUGCUAAGAGACAGAAACGCGACCAGAAAUACGGGUUUGGAGGCAAGAAGCGGUUCUCCAAAAGCGGCGACGCUGUCAGCAGCGCAGAUAUCAGAGGCUUCUCGGCGGCCAAGAUGAAGGGGAAAGCAAAGCCAAAGCGACCGGGGAAGAGCAGGAGAGCAUCUACUAAAUGAUGAGGCUGAGGACUCUUGGAGAAAAUAAACGUCUUUGUUCAAGGAACAAGCUCGGAAGCCUGGAAUGAACUGGGUUCACUCCUUAUUUUACAUCAAGCGCAGGGGGUAUCACAAUAACAGACACAGAAAGCAAAGGUCCCACCUCCACAGUACGCCGCCCGUGGUCAGGUCCAUCCACCGUCAUGACCCGAGCAAAUCACCCCACUGGCCCAGGAAUGCCUGCAGGUGUGAUGUCUGGUGUUGUCUCCCGACUCGCUUCGCCUCUUGAGUCACCAGGUCGAGCAUCUCCUGCGUUUCUGGUGCAGGCGGUAGUUCGGGCAAUGCGUCAGGGUCGGCCUCUGUAUUCAGGUAACCAUUGAGUUGCCGGCUCGGACUGUCUUCGCGGCUUCCCACCGACUCCGCGUCAACUUCUGCCAGUCGACUAGGAGAUUGAGGGCCCUGGCGUCGAGCCAUUGGAGAUGUUACUGGGAGGUCGCUCAUUUCUUCGUCUUCAUCCAGUGAAUCUGCUGCCCCUCUUGCGCGCUUGUGGGAUUUGGUGGCGCCGCUUGGUCGGAGAACGGACUUCAUGCGAUGUCUCUGCUGUUUGGGCUUUCCCGGAGUUUUCAUGACCUCGCCAGCCACUUCCUCCGCCAACGUGGCUUCCAGCUCGUCAUAUAUCCUCCGAGUGGACCAAUUAAACUUCUUUCGAAGCUUAGCCUCGUUCAUUAAUCUCAGUAGCUCUUCAGCGGACCGCUCAAAAGCCGCUACCGCAUCCUCAUGUGUCCCCUCAAAGGAAGGUAGCUUUUGUAGCUGACUUGCUGCUUCUUCGAUACCGCAAUGGCGCAUAUUGAAGUUUGCUGAUUUUCGUAAUACAUUGAGCAUAUCCCAUA